GGACUGAUCUUGAAUGAGUAAAGGUAUCAUGUCUUCCAGAGAGCGACGCUCCGACCUGUACAUAAAGGCUGAACCCAGCAGUCCCGAGGGAGGAGGUGGUGGCGGCGGGAGGACCAGCCCAGGAGGAGCGUCCUCAGACUCCUCUCAGAGUGGAGGAGGGGGAUCCAGAGGAGAAAGUGCUGGCCGCUACUCCCCGCCCCCUUACACGCCUGCAUUACGUUGCCAUUUUAAAGAGGAGGGUGCGGAUGGAGCCGAGGAAGGCUCUACCGGUAGCGGAGGAGGCCGCUGCAAGUAUGCGCUAAGCACGCUUCCCAAAAGACUGUGCCUGGUGUGUGGAGAUGUGGCAUCUGGCUACCACUACGGAGUGGCUUCCUGUGAAGCCUGUAAGGCUUUCUUCAAAAGAACCAUACAGGGUAAUAUUGAGUACAGUUGUCCCGCCUCUAAUGAAUGUGAGAUCACCAAGCGCCGCAGGAAGGCCUGUCAGGCGUGUCGCUUCACCAAGUGCCUCAAAGUAGGCAUGCUCAAAGAAGGUAUCCGACCGAACCAAAUUAGAACGACAGAACUACAAAAGAACAACAGACGCCCAGAGGUGGAGAAUGCUACGUACCAGAGUGCGCCGAUACCUUUAAGGAAGGAGGGAGAGAAGGGCUCAUCCAGCAUCAUUGUCUCUCAUCUGCUGGUGGCGGAGCCAGAAAAGCUGUUUGCUAUGCCAGACCCCCUGCAGCCAGACACGGCCCAGCGCACGCUCACCACUCUCUGUGACCUGGCCGACCGGGAACUAGUUGUCAUCAUCGGCUGGGCCAAGCACAUUCCUGGCUUUCUCUCGCUGUCCCUGGCUGACCAGAUGUCUGUGCUGCAGUCGGUGUGGCUGGAGGUGUUGGUGUUGGGGGUGGCGUACCGUUCUCUCGGCUGUGAGGAUGAGGUGGUGUUUGCUGAGGACUUUGUGCUGGAUGAGGAGAUGUCUCGUGUGGCCGGUUUGACUGAACUCAACGCCGCCAUCAGCCAGCUCGCUCGCCGUUUCAGAGCCCUGCAGCUGGACCGCGAGGAGUUCGUCAUGCUAAAGGCCAUCGCACUCACCAACUCAGAUUCUGUGUACAUUGAGGACAUGGAGGCCGUGCAGAAGUUACGGGACCUUCUGCAUCAGGCUCUGCUGGAGCUGGAGGCCCAGCGACACCCUGACGACCCCCAGCGUGCGGGACGUCUCCUCCUCACCCUGCCCCUCCUCAGGCAGACCGCUGGCCGGGCCCUCACCACCUUCUACAGCAUCAAAACCCGCGGCGGCGUGCCUAUGCACAAACUCUUCCUGGAGAUGCUGGAGGCCAUGAUGGACUCACCCUAGAGAAGAGACGACGGAUGGAUGAAGGAUGAAAAAAACGGGCAAAAUUUUUGCCUGGGGUCUUUUUGUAUGCGCAAGGGCUACAAAAGCCAAAAGAAAACACUUUUUGGGGUUGAAUAUGAAGAAGACGUUUUGUGUAGCUGUCCGCCGGUACUGAUCUUUCACAUCCAAUGCUCCUCCUUCACUUGAUUUCAAUGGGUACCACGUCAGCACAGAUUAGGGUUAGACACACUUAAUAUUUAUAUCAGUGUUAGAGAAACCAUGUAAUUCAUUGUCACUUCACGGCCAUCCUGAUAAGUGUUUCUAGGAACUAACCAUUACUGUAAACUCAGAGAAAUUCACGUGCCAAGGGCGCCUACUGAGACUGCAGCAAUACGAACUCUUCCAUGAAUCAAACGAUUCAGCGUUAUCUCCUUCUUUAUCAAUGGUAGGCCAUCGAAA